CAUUUUUCUUUCUUUUUAAAUUUUUACAUUUACGACACACCCAGUUUCUUAAGGUCAAUCCUUUUAGAUGAGUCAAGGACAGGAAGUAGCAUCUCAUCACUUCUCUUGAGAGGCCACAAGCUUCUCAAGUUCCACACAGAAAAGUCUUUUGGAAAAAUUUGGACUGGAAUCUGUCAGUGUCUGUAUGAGACAAACAGGUUUAUUUAUUUAUUUUUUUUAACUGUAAUCUUCAAACUUUUGUUGAUUACUUUUUAGACAGCCUCAUUUUUUUCAGUAUAAACUCCAUAGAUGUCCAUAGUCGCACUGUCCUUUUCUGCACUGACCUUGUUUUUGGAGGUCAGCUCCGCCCCUUUCAGGAAGAAAGGCUGGAGUUUUGAGAUUCACUCAACAGAUCCAUCUUUGGCCUUGCAUUUUCAUAAAAUGACCCCGGAGGGAAAAUGCUGGCUCGGUCUUGGGAAAUAAAUAUGAACUGAUGAGAAGUUAGUUUAUCUUUGCAAAAGAUAAGAUGGUUUAUAACCUAACUGCUGUACUCCUGUAUUUUAUACAAAAUACCCAAAGAUGUAAUGUUUCUAUCAGAGGAGAUGUGUCCUUUAUGGCUUCCCCCCAAGAGUUACCAUCUCAAAUCGUCCUAUAAAACAUUUUAUUACAGUGGGCUACUUUGGUUGGGUCAAAUCUGGAGGUGUGGAGUUAUCCUGCUGGUUACAGACCAUCUUAUUUCAUGCGAGAGGGGGGGUAAAGGAGUGGGGAGGAGCAUCAGGGAGUCACAAGCUCCCCAGCUCUGUCGCUCCACCCCCCGCGCGCUUGCUGAGGAUUGGUGGAGUGUGCGCGCUCAGAGCUGCCUUCCUGACCCUUCAGCUUCAUACUUUCAUCUUCUUUUAUUUAUGCACACAUGGCAUCAGUUUAUUAUUGAAGUCAUGGUUGAUGAUGGGUAUUCAGAUGGUUACCUGUCCCGAUAACCUCUGCUCUCAAAUGUGUGACUAUUGUAAGUGUGUGGGGUUAAGAGAAGCCCUUCUCCAGUGCCUUAAACUGACUGAAGUGGCGUCAGGCAGACAGCUCACCCUUUGUACUCCACCGCCUGCGUCAGAUGCUGGGUUAGAAAGUCAGAAACAUGCGCAGCAACAGUGAUGAUCUCUUUAUUUCAGAGCUGUGGAGGCUUCUAGAUACAAGUUAUUAAUCCACAGACCUUUUUUCCCCUACUCAUUGGCCAGGAUUCAAGAAAGCAGGCCAGGAUAAAGAAAUCCAAGUUUGAAAACUAUUUCAUGAAGAUGCUAGAUGAAUUAAAGACAAACGAUGAUUAAUAUUUCUUCCCUUUUUCCUUCAAAUAUGUAAUAAUAUUCCCAAAGAGAUGGGAUCAGUUCAUUUGGGCAAGAUCAAGCCAGUAACUGUCCUCCUGUAAGUUGAUUUAAAAUUUGAAUUGAAGGACAACUGGAAGGCUGACCUCAUGUCACUGAAUAACCACAGCAGAGCCUUUCUUCCCUCCCAGUUAGUCUGUAGGCAUUCCUCUUGUUUUUCUUUGGAAUAAAACAUUCAUUGCAUGACUGCAAACUAAGAUUACUAUGAUAGUGUUCAUGUUUGUUGUGAUUUUAUGUUUUAUUUCCAUAUUUUAAAAGAAGAAUGUAUUGUUUGAGAACUUUUACUAACGAUCUUGUUUUCUGAUUUUGUCUCUUUUGGUUUUUUCCACGACUGAUACUGUUAUUUAGAAGGUUUCAGGUGGGUGACACUAUUCCUGCGUAGGUGCCUGGCGGGAAGGAACUCUAGGGCAGCCUCAGUCCGCUCCUCUUCUUCCAGCCAGCUGCGACCAUCACUCUGACAAAGUCCAAAAAUAUGGCUUGCUACCUGAAAGCCAUUGAGACUCAGCCAAACUUUGCAGUGGCUUGGAGCAACUUGGGUUGUGUGUUCAAUGCCCAGGGAGAAAUAUGGCUUGCCAUACACCAUUUUGAGAAGGCAGUGACUCUGGACCCAAACUUCCUUGAUGCAUACAUUAAUUUAGGCAACGUUCUGAAAGAAGCCCGCAUCUUUGACAGAGCUGUGGCUGCGUAUCUGAGAGCCCUGAGUCUAAGUCCCAACCAUGCAGUUGUUCAUGGAAACCUGGCCUGCGUCUACUACGAGCAGGGCCUCAUUGACCUCGCCAUCGACACCUACCGCCGUGCUAUCGAACUGCAGCCUCACUUUCCCGACGCUUACUGCAACUUGGCCAACGCCCUAAAGGAGAAAGGCAAUGUAUCUGAAGCAGAAGAGUGCUACAACACAGCUUUGCGCCUGUGUCCAACUCACGCGGACUCCCUCAACAACUUGGCCAACAUAAAGCGUGAGCAGGGCAACAUCGAGGAGGCGGUCCAGCUCUACAGAAAAGCCUUGGAGGUGUUCCCAGAGUUCGCAGCAGCUCACUCUAACCUUGCCAGCGUGCUGCAGCAGCAGGGGAAACUACAGGAGGCCCUCAUGCACUACAAGGAGGCCAUCAGAAUCAGCCCGACAUUUGCUGAUGCUUAUUCCAACAUGGGCAACACACUAAAGGAGAUGCAAGAUGUACAGGGAGCGCUGCAGUGCUACACUCGUGCCAUCCAGAUCAACCCGGCCUUUGCUGAUGCUCACAGCAAUCUGGCCUCCAUCCACAAAGAUUCUGGAAACAUCCCAGAGGCCAUUGCAUCGUAUCGCACAGCCUUGAAACUCAAACCAGACUUCCCUGAUGCGUACUGCAACUUGGCACAUUGCUUACAGAUUGUGUGUGACUGGACCGAUUAUGAUGAACGGAUGAAGAAGCUUGUGAGCAUCGUGGCCGACCAGCUAGAAAAGAACCGCUUGCCCUCGGUGCACCCGCACCACAGCAUGCUGUAUCCGCUGUCUCACGGCUUCCGCAAAGCCAUUGCCGAGCGCCACGGCAACCUUUGCCUGGACAAGGUACUCGCACUGAUCAAAAUCAAUGCACUACACAAACCAGCCUAUGAGCACCCGAAGGACCUGAAGGCCAGUGGUGGACGCCUGCGGAUCGGAUACGUCAGUUCUGACUUUGGUAACCACCCAACUUCCCACCUGAUGCAGUCAAUCCCUGGAAUGCACAAUCCUGAAAAAUUUGAGGUGUUCUGCUAUGCACUUAGCCCUGAUGACGGUACCAACUUCCGUGUGAAAGUGGUGGCAGAAGCUCAUCACUUCACAGACCUCUCCCAGGUUCCUUGCAAUGGGAAGGCUGCUGAUCGGAUUCACCAGGACGGAGUCCACAUUCUGGUCAACAUGAACGGAUACACCAAGGGUGCCAGAAAUGAGCUGUUUGCUCUGCGUCCUGCCCCCGUUCAGGCUAUGUGGCUCGGUUACCCUGGGACCAGCGGGGCUGCCUUCAUGGACUACAUCAUCUCAGACAAGGAGACGUCACCUGUAGAAGUAGCUGAGCAGUACUCUGAGAAGCUUGCCUACAUGCCCCAUACCUUCUUCAUUGGAGAUCAUGCCAACAUGUUCCCUCACCUCAAGAAAAAAGCCGUGAUUGAUUUUAAGUCAAAUGGACACAUCUUCGACAACAGAAUUGUUCUUAAUGGUAUUGAUCUGAAAGCCUUCUUGGACAGCCUCCCAGAUGUUAAAGUGAUAAAAAUGAAGUGCGACAACAACCAGGAAUCUGCUGGAGACACAAAUGGAGCUUUGUCCAUGCCCGUGAUUCCCAUGAACACAGCGGCAGAAGCCAUCAUCAACAUGAUCAAUCAAGGCCAGAUCCAGGUCACAAUCAACAACUUCACAGUCAGCAACGGCCUGGCCACCACACAGAUCAAUAACAAAGCUGCAACUGGGGAGGAGGUUCUACGCACCGUUGUAGUGACGACCCGCUCCCAGUAUGGUCUCCCAGAGGACUCCAUUGUCUACUGCAACUUCAACCAGCUGUACAAGAUUGACCCUCCUACCCUCCAGAUGUGGGCCAACAUCCUGAAGCGUGUGCCCAACAGUGUGUUGUGGCUUCUUCGCUUCCCUGCUGUUGGCGAGCCCAACAUCCAGCAGUAUGCUCAGAACAUGGGCCUGCCUGCCUCUCGCAUCAUUUUCUCUCCUGUGGCGCCUAAGGAGGAGCAUGUGAGGAGAGGCCAGCUGGCUGAUGUGUGCCUGGACACCCCUCUGUGCAAUGGUCACACUACAGGCAUGGAUGUCCUUUGGGCUGGAACUCCCAUGGUAACCAUGCCAGGUGAGGAAGGUGAGACUCUUGCCUCCCGCGUGGCUGCCUCACAACUCGGCUGUCUGGGCUGCCCUGAGCUGAUUGCCCAAAGUCGCCAGGAAUAUGAAGACAUAGCAGUCAAGCUGGGCUCCGACAUGGAGUACCUUAAGAUGAUCAGAGCACGCGUUUGGAAGCAGCGGAUCUGCAGCCCCUUGUUCAACACUAAACAGUACACAAUGGACCUGGAGAAGCUCUACCUGCAAAUGUGGGAGCACCACAGCAACGGCAACAAGCCAGACCACUUGGUAAAACUCCAUACGGUCGAGACCAGUGAGAAUGCCUGAACUGGAAACCUUCUCCACCAAGUCCCAACUGUUUUUAACCAUCAUCGACAGCAUCAUUUGGUCGGGUUUCACUCCAGUUCUUCGUCCUUUAUUGACUGUCUUAUUUACAAACGGACUCCUUCCUGCACGGAGCCUACACAUGUUCACAUUUGAACUCAUCGCAUUAUUAAGCCACACACGUGCAUAUCCUAAGCCAGAUUGGGGCUGAAUUGUUCAGGCUCCUCGUCUGAGACUUUUGUCCAAAAACACUUAAUAUGUAUUUUGUGAGCAUGAGAAGGUAGUGAAUACCCCACGAACCCUUCAACUCUUGGAUCAGAGGAUUUUUCUUCUUCUCCUGUCGGUGUGUGUACAGGACUGAUUGCAGCUUGCAGAGAAAAUACCCAACUGUCUUCACUUGAUCUGUUUAGAAAUUAAAAGUGUCAUGUGUUUUAAAAUGACAAUGUUGCACCAUUGAAAUAGUACUUUUUGUCAGCUUUAACCUAAAUUAUGGAACAGAUGGCCUCAGUUCUUUAGUUGAAGCUGUUUUUAAAUGGCUACAACAAGUAAAUGUGCAAGUUUUAAGGAAGUGACGUCUUCCUUCGCACAAUGCCAAUUAGAAUUAUUUUGUCUGUUAAGGAAUGUCUUUAGUUGUUCUUGUUGGGCUGUCUAUGAAUUGGACACUUGUUUAUUUUUUUAAAGACCCAAGUUGCAGUUAAAAUACCAUCUGUUCAUAACUUGAUUUUGUUUU